AUGAUCAUAACCAAAAGGGAGAAGAUACCGAUCACAGAGGCGUAUCUCGCCGGAAAGACGGUCGACGAACUACACGCUGUCGCUGGAGAACAUGGACUCACCGGCGCCCUCAAGAUCAAGAACAAGUCAGAGCUGAAACGCUUCCUCAUGCGAUACGCGGACGCCAGUACAAAGGAGAAUGCCAUUAUCAUCCCCCCCGAUCAGGAACAGACAACGCUCGCUUUCAAGGUGUCAUCAGCGUCAACCUCUCAGAACGGUGGCAAGAAGGGUCGCACGAAGACAAAGUCGAACAAUGGCUCGCCCGCAGCGACGAAAGCUCCUGCGACGCUUCACUCCAUCCCGCUCUCGCCCACUCGACAGCUGAAACGUCCUCGCUACCCUCGCCCAUCUUCCUCGUCUCAUCCCGACUCCGCCUUCCGUUUGCCCAAGGGUGUGCCGGUUAUCAGUCUCCUCUCCGACGACGAUUCCGACGACGCAGCGAUCGAGAGGUGGCUGGCAAGGCCGCCCGUUGAUGCAAGCUCCAGGCCGCAGCAAGUCCAGCGUCCGAGUGGGAUCACAUCUUCGUCAACUUCCCCGAUGCCCCGUGUCCUGGACGACUCUCAACCGCAGAUCCCCCGGGACGAGACAGACGAGGAAGGCGAAGAGGAUGUCGACCAGCUGUCUUGGUCUGACGAGGAAGAGACUGCCGUUCCAACGCACGUCGCUCGUUCUCGCCAAAACAAGGCCGCGAAACAGUCUCGUCAGCAACGGAAUAAUCGGUCCAGCUCAACGGCUCGGCCCAUGAAACGCGGCCGCCCCUCUAACUCUGGACGUCCUGCCGCCACCCAGACCCAGCCCGUAGCGUCGACGCAACCCUCAGCCAACGAUGCGAGGCUCCUCAGCCCUCCUGCUUUGCCAACUUCGAGGUGGAAGCAUUUGGAGUGA